AUGGCACCUCCUCGCCACCUCAAGCUUACCCUCCCGAGAGCUCCGCCGUCUUCCUACACGGCUUCAACCUCGGCUUCCUCCUCCUCCUCUUCCUCCGCCCUGGACUGUGACGUCCCAGUUCCGUCGAUCGAGCACGUCGACGCUGUCGAUCGCAUCGACCGCACGGAGAACUGGGUCGUCCAGUCCAGCGGCAGUCGCGCCGGCUCUCCAACCCCUCCUCCUCGACUUUCGGGCUCUCCAGCCUUCACCGAGACCUCGGUUCCGGUACGAGAAUCUUCCGCCUCUCGUAGCCUCAGCCUCUCGGACGUCCCUCGGCCGUCGCCAAGCGCCUCUCCGAUCCGCGCCGCCUCCAAUCCCGAUGGAGAGCGCGGGAUCAAGCGCGAGGCACCCGGGGGUGGCAUCUGGAGCGCCAGCCCUCGACCACUGGCUCGGCGGUCUUCGGUGUCUGGACCCGCCAAACCUGCGCCAUCGCAGUCACCUUCCAUCUCUGGAUCCGGCGCCUUGUACCCUGCUUCCUUGGGUAGCAAGCGCUCCAGAGAUGUGGAGGAUGACGGUGCGGGUGAGCGGUCGUCGCAGCGCCGCCGUCGCAGCACCAGUCCCGGAUUCGGCCCACGACCCUCGCCGGCUUCUCUCCCCGGUGACACCGGCAAACCUGCGCCGUCGCAGCCACCUUCCGUCUCAGGAUCUCGCGUCUUGGGCUCGACUUCGUCGGGCUGCAAGCGCUCCAGAGAUGUGGAGGACGACGGUGCGGGUGACCGGUCGCCACAGCGCCGUUGGACCGGCAGCAUCUUGGCCGCGGACCCGGCCUCCGCCUCUGGAUCUCGCGUCCUGCGCCCAACUUCCUCGGGUGGCAGGCGCUCCAGAAUCGUGGAGGUCGCCCGUCCAUCCUUUCUGGAAGUUGUAUUGGCAACUCCAGAGCGGCCAAGUUUCCUGGACGUUGUAUUGGCAACUCCAGUGACUGCUGUCGCGAAGCCUGUCGUCGCGCCUUCGGGUUCGGCCGUUGACGCUGCUGGCACCACCGAUCGUGCCGGUCUCGUCGACUUUGUUGCCGCUCCGGCACAGCCAGUUGCUCUGGUUGUCGUCGCUCCGGUCAACAUCGUCGACAUCGAGCCGGCCGUCGGCCCAGCGGCUGCCGUCGCCGUUCCCGUGCCCGCCGUCGCCAAUCCGGGUCCUCUUCCCGACCGCGCUGAGGUCCGCCUACGGGCCCGAAUCGAUGCGCUCUUCGCAUCGAGUCGUGGCCGCCCGCGCGCACAGAGAUCCGCGAUGUACCGAUCGCUGGAAUCGCUGGUCUCGCGGGAAGAGCGCAUCCUGGAUCUCCAGGCUUGGGAGCACGCUUGA